GGCGGGCAUUGAGGUACGUUAGUUACUCUUCUCGUUUGACCGUGGUUUGCGCGCUCCUUGUGGGUUUCGUGUCCUUAAAAGACAAUGGCUCGUACAAAGCAAACUGCCCGUAAAUCUACUGGUGGAAAGGCUCCAAGGAAACAACUGGCCACCAAAGCUGCCAGGAAAAGCGCCCCUUCAACAGGGGGUGUCAAGAAGCCUCACAGAUACAGGCCAGGUACUGUUGCCUUGAGAGAAAUCAGAAGAUACCAAAAGUCUACUGAGCUUUUGAUCCGCAAGCUCCCUUUUCAGCGUCUCGUGAGAGAAAUUGCCCAAGAUUUCAAAACUGACCUGAGGUUCCAGAGUGCAGCUAUUGGUGCUCUUCAGGAAGCAAGUGAGGCAUAUCUGGUUGGCCUAUUUGAAGACACCAAUCUGUGUGCAAUUCAUGCUAAAAGAGUAACCAUAAUGCCCAAGGAUAUCCAGCUAGCCAGAAGAAUCCGUGGGGAACGUGCUUAAAUUUUUUUUAAUUUUUUUUUGAUAAAUUGUUUUUGGUUCUUAGAAGAAACUUUUUUUUUUUUACAAAUUGUACAUAAAGUGUGGUGUCUUUUAUUUUAUAAAGGGUUUGAAUGUAGAGUAGUUGACAGUAAAUGAGUAGCUUAACAUUUUAUAUGACAUUCCCUCAAUCCUCAGGUUUUUCAAGAAAUUUGUAUCUGCAGCUAGUCUACUUGUGACCCUUCAUUAAAUCUAAAUCUGCAUCUGCAUGCCAUCUUUACCCCUUACCAUACUUUGCUAUUUUUCUGUGUAUCUUCAUUGUAAAUAAACUUUCCACUACCUC